AACCCUUGAAGCUCAGCAAAUGGGAGAGAGGAAGCUAUGCUCUCAUCAGGACUUUGUCCCCUCCCUGGCUAGAGAAGCUGGCUAGCGAUCGAGCAAGCACUCAUUCUGCAUUGUCACCCGAGCCAAUUGCAGCGGACCUAACAAAACCCUGCCCUGCGGAAGGAGCGGAAGGAACCGUUUCUCCGUCUUGUUUGUUUCUUUGAUUGGGGAACCUUAAUAGCCCAAGGCACUGAUCAGCUGAAAAUAGAGACGUACCUCCUUCUGUUAGCAGAAAAAAUGCACAUCCUUUUGGAUCUUCUGCUGCUGAUCCCCAUUCUGAUUUUCUCCACUGUAGAGUCUUUCGUGAAGCUUUUAAUUCCUAAGAAGAGAAAAUCAGUCAGUGGAGAAAUUGUACUUAUUACUGGCGCUGGACAUGGCAUUGGGAGACUCACCGCCUAUGAAUUUGCCAAACUUAAAAGCAAACUGGUUCUCUGGGAUAUCAAUAAGCAUGGCAUUGAGGAGACAGCUGCAGAGUGCAGAAAGUUGGGCGCAAGAGCUCAUGCCUACGUGGUAGACUGCAGUAACAGAGAAGAAAUCUACAAUUAUGCAAAGAAGGUGAAAACAGAAGUAGGAGAUGUUAGCAUCUUAGUGAAUAAUGCAGGUGUAGUCUACACAUCAGAUUUAUUUGCUACUCAAGACCCUCAGAUUGAAAAAACAUUUGAAGUCAAUGUUCUGGCUCAUUUUUGGACUACAAAAGCAUUCCUCCCCGCAAUGAUGAAGAAUAACCAUGGCCAUAUCAUAACAGUGGCUUCAGCUGGAGGACAUACAGUGGUCCCUUUCCUAUUGGCUUAUUGUUCAAGCAAAUUUGCUGCUGUUGGAUUUCACAGAGCUCUUACUGCAGAAAUGGCUGCUUUAGGAAAAAAUGGAAUCAAAACAUCCUGCCUCUGCCCUAAUUUCAUAAACACAGGCUUCAUCAAAAAUCCAAGCACCAGAUUUAUACCUACACUGGAGCCAGAGGAAGUAGUAAGCAAGCUCAUGAAAGGAAUACUAACUGAACAAAAAAUGAUUUUUGUUCCAUCUUCUUUAAGUGUUGUAAUAGUGCUGGAAAGAAUCUUUCCAGAGCGUUUCCUGAAUGCCAUGAGACGCAUCAUCAAUGUUAAAUUUGAUGCAGUGAUUGGAUUCAAAAACAAAGUCCAAUAAGUACAUUGGGCUUCUUUCCUGAAGAGGAUCUGAUGUUUGAGAUGCAGAUUACUUGAACAUUUGGGGAUUUCUAUUCUUCCAAUCCUUUUUCACUAGUAAUAAAAUUUGGGGAUUUCCAUUUUUCCAAUUCUUUUUCACUAGUAAUAAAAUUUUCUUGAACAACACUGAUUUUCAUUUGCCCCCAGGCAGUAAACCAAUCUCAAUCAGGUUCUGGAUGAUCUUGGGCAAUAUGGUGACUUGAAGGCAUGGAAGGAAGGCCCAUUUCCAGUGAUAGGAUAAUGCCCUCAUUAUUGCACCUUCGCAUCAUAGACCAUCUCAAGAAUGGUUCACAGCCUCCUCUGAUGUGUACAACAAUAGCUCUCAAAUCUUUAUACUUCAGUUGUAUGUGAGUUUCCUAACAGUUCAACAUUCUAGAAGAAAUGACUCCUUUUUCUACAUUAUCAUCCAAAACAUUUUUUAAUCAGACUGAUAAAAUCAAUGGUGUAGAGAGUUCUUAGUAAGCAAAGUUAUGGUAUUCUUGAGAAUCUACAACUAUUCUUCAAGAGUUUCCUGGGACACUGCAAGUUAGAGACUUAUCCAAGUUACUGAGGCAAUAACAUGUCAGAGAGUAAACUUGAACCCAAAUCUGUUGUGUCUCUAAUAAUUAAAAAAAAAAAAAAGAGCCAAGAGCUGCAUAGAUAUCUGAAUGAAGAUGAUUAUAGGGAUAUUUGGAAACAACUUCCUCUGGAACAAAAAUAGCAAUUCAGACAAUUUGUCACUCCCUCUUUUCCCUUAAAUAUAGCUUAUAUUUCUUUUUGCAAAGAGAGUUAAAUUAUGAGAAUAUUAAAAGGAAAUUUCUGUGGGGUAAAAACAAAAGGCAAUAAUAAAACUUUUUUUAAAAGAUCUUCUAUUCUAAUACCAAGUUUUCCUUCUCAAGUAUGAAACUAAAGAAACUAGAAAUGUAUUGUUAAAAUAAAAUAUCUCAGCAAUAAACUUUUGGACUUGAGGCAAGGAAUAUACUUACAAACAAUGACAAUAAAGGAAUUAAAUUUAAA